AUGACGCGACGCAUGGACCACUUCUUGGCUUUCCGUAAACCGCAGGCAGUGGUGGCGGUUGACGCCUCUGGCUCUUCCGUGGCAGCUCCAGCCGCCCUGGCUCCUUCUCCUUCCUCCUCCUCCUCCUCUUCAGUCGUUGCGUCUCCGUCCACGUCUGGUCCUCCGUUUGUGGUCGAGUUGAGACAUGAAGACCCGACGGCUGUCGACGACGGAAGCGGCGACGACGACGAUAUACACAGCCGCGUUUAUGACCUCAAGCUCGGGAACGACGUGCAGAUCCCAAGGACUAAGUCGGCAGCAGACGUGCGUGCGAGCCCCGGGGGCGGGAACGACUAUGUCUAUGAGAAGCACUACUUUAAGUCGAUCUCGUCGAUGGCGAGCAAACGGUUUCCGGUACCGGGCGCAAUUGAAGCCAAGAUCAAGACGCUCACAUCUUAUUUAAAGUCGGUUUCUGCUGGCAUUCGACGUCGCAGCACGGCUUUUGACCGUGCGCAGGCGUAUUACCGGAAGUCCGUGCCGACGCCUGCAGCUAUUCGCAACAAACUGAAUGUGAUUGUGACAAGGCAUAGUAGUGGAGAGCACCAGACAACACUGUCCUGGGACGACAUUGAUGAAGAAAGGUAUAGUGACUUAAACGAAGCGAUGACGGCAACUCCCUUGUCUAGAAAGCGACGAGGAUGUCCUAGCGAGAUUUUCCGUGAAGGUCAAGUUCGUCAAAUUUGCACUCUCUGCGACGUGCCCGAUCAGUUUGUUGACCAGGUUAUAGAGACUAUCAAGUCAUCGUUUGGUACGCCGGGAUUGGAUGUAAUCGCCUUGGAGGAGUUUAUGCCAGGAAACGUCGUGGUAUUCGUAGGCAUGUUGAUCUUUCAAAGCAUUGAUUGUGACGAAGAUUUCGUAGACCUUAGCGUUAUGCCGAGCUUUUUAAGGCAUAUUCAGGAGCGUUACGAUGGCAACAUCCCGUUUCAUAAUGCCACCCAUGCUGCAGACGUGAUGCACACACUCUUUAUGAUGCUGUGGAACACGAGUCUGGGUGACAAGAUCUCUCAGCACAAUCAGAUUGGAGCGCUGCUGGCGGCAGUGAUGCAUGACGUAGAGCACGUUGGUUUGACCAACGAUUUUUUGAUAAAAACCUGUCACCCUAUUGCGCAGGAGUACCCUACAAAGGCUCCGAUGGAGUCCAAGCACAUGGACCUAGCUUUGCAAGCUGUCGUCGAUCCGAAGUUUGGCAUUCUGUCCAAGAUGACGACAGUCUACCAAAACGAGGUACUCGACGUCAUCCGUGAAACCAUCUCCGCGACAGCUCUUAUUUAUCAGCCUGAGCUGCUCGCUGAAGUGAACAACACGACGGCGGACGAGUGGAAGAUGCUUGAGGAAGAGGACACGGUCUUGCCACAGGACUUGCAGGUGCGCGCUUUGCGCAUUGCCAUGCACGUGAGCGACAUCAGCCAGACGAUGAAGCCUUUUACGAACCACCAGAAGUGGGUCUUCCGCCUGAACGACGAGCACUACAUGCAGGGCGAGCUGGACGCGCGCGAGCGGUGGCGUGUUAGUCCGUGGUUCUGCUUCCGUGACUUGUGGACGUACGAAAAGUUUCUGAGUAGUCAGGUGUGUUUUCUCAAAGAGAUGGCGCUCCCGGCGGUCGUCGCACUGAAUGGCAUUCCCUGGCUCGACGUGAACGAGCUCGUACACGGUAUUGAGAACAACAUUGCCGAGUGGGAUCGGCAGGACGCAGCUGCCGCCACCCACUGA